UUUCUAGACGUAAAAGAAAAAAAUCAAUUGUGCAGAGGUUUACGUGUAUGCAUGAUGUUGAAUUUUAAAUGGAUUUGUAAAAAAUGAUCGUAACAAAUCUUCCUAUCGAGGGGCUUUUACGUGGAUCCAAGGUGACUUAUUUAUGGGUUCAUUUCUUGUCAACUCUGAGACGCAAAAAAAUAAAACAAUCCUCGUCAACUCGAUCAUGUCUUUCGCUUUGCAAUAGAAAAUAAUACAAAUCAGGACUGGUCGCUGUGUGACACAAACUAUAGAUUCACAAAUCCUAGUGUACAUUUUUGGAUCUUGAUUUCUUGUAUAAAAAUAGAUGCAGGAACAGACGAAAAGUACGGAGGAGAAGUGUUGUAGGAAUAGAUUCCCCUGCAAGGAAAGUGAAGUCUGGUCGAAACUGAAUGAUAACAUGAGCGUACUGCAGCAGUUACUGUAUCUCCCCACCCUGUUAGAUAAUCUCCGGAGGAGGGGCUUGAUCGACCAGCAGACAAUCGAAAGCCUUUCACUUUUAAAUCGGGAUGACGCAGUCAUGAGACUUUUAAAUAUACUGGUGACCGGGAGACCCUCCCGAGCCCUCGACAUGUGUGACGCUCUACAGGAAGCAAACCUCGACAUAGCAGAAAAAGUGGGACUGGGCCCUCUCCCAGCUGCAGAAGAUUGUACAGAUGCUCCGGCUCAUAGUCCUAUUGUUAAAUCCUAUCAUGCUGUGUUAACAAUAUCUAUAGAGCCUCACAUACACAUUGAGCCUAAUCAACUUUGUCAUUCACGGAAUAGACAUUUAGUUUUCAUGUAACUUUUACGUUACAUUGGAUAUACUGUCAGGAUGAAGAGUCCAUUAUACUUGCGGUGAUCCUAAGAUAAAUAUGUGAUACAGGAAUUCUUUGUUUUGUUUGUCCCUUAUAGGAACACUCAGAAUAAUUGCAACUCCACAUAAUAUUUCUUUCAGUUUGUAUAUUAUAUUAUUUGUUGAUAGUAAACAUGUAUUGUUACCUCAA